GGUGAAAAGCCAGAAAGCUCUUGACGCUCCUGCACUCUGGCGGAAUUAAUUGAUGUCAAUGGGGCGCACCUGCGGUUGAACUGUCGAAUAUCAGUUUUAGUCAUUUUAUAGUUAUUAUUUUACAUAAAAACAUUUAAUGAUCACAGAUAAAAUUGAGUAAACAUCAAAAUCAUAUUAUUUUAUCCUGAUUUGUGAUGAAAUGUCGCAGCUGGGAUCGGCUGUGCCCUCAUCAAACUUACCCGAGGGCCUCCCGGUGUCCAGUUUAGCCCUGCUGAUCCUGGUGCUCAUUCCCUGCGUCCUUCUGCUCCUGCUGCUCAACUGCCUGUUCGUAGGAUACAAGCUGUUCCGCAUGACCCGGAGGAAGAGAGACCGAUGCGGGUCGGAAACCUCGCUCAUGCACUCAUCAUAUUCCACCCGCCAGAGAAUCACCCGCUUCUCUGAUGAGCCUCUGUUCGCUCCAAACAGAAAGACCAACUAUGUUUCGGUCUCGGAACCGAUGCUGGCGCCACCCAUCACCUCAUCCCUGACCUCCUCAGCGGAGAGAAGGGCCACCGGGCAGCGCGCCAGGUUUCUACGCCCGGACGGGGCCACUUACGCCGGGUCCGAAUCACUGCGCGUGCCGAACUGGAGGACGAGCGCCCCGGUUCUGGUGCAGUCCAGUGAUUCGGACACGGAGCGAGUCAACACGGUGCCACCGAACUCACCAGCACUUCAUCUGACUCCAAAUGGGUUCUCAAUGCCGAUGACUUCCAUGCGUAGAAGCAGCACUAUGGACCUGGAGGGCGCUUCUCUGGACAAGAUCCAUGUGGAGUGUGAGUCCACCAGCAUCAUCCCGCCGGAGAACUCCUGUUUUGUGGCAUCAUCAAGCCCCUCGGCUAGGGGCUCUGGACUGGACAGUGACUUUGGAGCCAGUGCAGGUGUAUCUCUGCGUAUCCUUUCUAUGGACAGUGAUGGCUUCCCGGGCUCAGCCUGGGCGUCUGCUCUAGAAUGGGAUUACUACGACCCAAGUUACGUCACUCAGAACCACGUCCCGAAGCACAGACCCCAUGCACCCCCCAUCACUACCAAACAGUACUGGGUCUAGAGCCUGCGCUCCAUAGAGACGGAAGAACUCCAGCACAAGACUCAAUUCAGCCAUUCUCAUUCUAGAACUUCAGCUGAGCGGAGUCUAGAUUUACUCUGUCUGGGUUUAGUGCACAUAAUGUUCACUUGCUGUUUUAACUGCAACACAUCACAUCAAAGCACACACAACCAAAAAGAUGUUCACGAUCACAGCUUCUUUCUGCAGCAACUCCAAACAGGUUUGUUCAGUUCAUAAAAAUGCCUUUACAGAAUCACUUCACCAUUCUCACUUUCAAUCACAUUGACACAGUAUUUGUUUUACACCCAUUCGAUUUCUCACUGUUUUUGUCAUUUUUAUAUGUUUCCCCACAUGAUUCUCACAAUGGAGUUUGAGGAUUUCAGAAAAGGCUGUUUGAGUACUUCACCAUUUUGACACCAUACACACUCUUGUAUUUAAGAAAAAAAAGUAUUAGAUUAUGCCUGAAUUGAAUAAUAAAGUUUUAAAGUAUUUUA